AUGGAAUCACAAAAUAAAAUGUUAUUUUAUAGGAACACAUUAAUGCCAAAUAGAAAAUUAUCAAACAAUUUUUUAUCAUUAUAUAAAGAUAGAAAUUAUAUACUUAGGAAAUAUCAGAACUGUAUAUCAUAUAUUUUGUCAUUAUUUCCAUUAUUAAUAAUUAGUGUAAUUCAUAUUUUGAUUAGAAUAAAUGAUUAUACUAUUGGUACUUUAUUUUUAAUAAUAUCAUAUUUAUUUUCUUUUUCCUUCUUUAUAUUAUAUUAUUAUAAUUCUUAUUUUAUUUUUGUUAUAUUUGUUUAUUUUUCUUUUGUAAUAUCAUUAUGUUUGCACGAAUUUGCUCAUGCUUAUGCUGCUUAUAAGUGUGGUGAUAUAACUAUGAUUUAUAAAGGUUAUUUAUACUUGGAUAUUUUGAAUUAUUUAGAUAUCUUUCAUGCUUUAAUAAUUCCAUCAAUAACAUUAUUUAUAACAGGAUUUGCAUUACCUGGAAAUUUGUAUUGGCUACAGUUACAUUUUAUAAAAAAUAGAUUUCAUUUAUCACUUAUAUUUUUAUCAGGACCUUUAUUAGAUAUUAUUUUUAUUAUAUAUAUCGUUUUUUUUUAUAAAUUGUUUACUUAUUUUAAAAAUAAAAAAAAUGUAAAUGCGCAGCCUCACUCUAUAUUGUUUAUAUCUUUAGCUACUUCUGCUUCUUUUCUAGUUGACUCUUUUUUAUUAAAUAUGUUUCCUAUAAUUGGAUUCGAUGGGUGGGGAGUAAUUGAACCAUAUCUACCUUAUUGUAUAAAUAGCAUAAUAAAUGAAGAAAUUGUAUAUACCUAUUUGUCAUAUAUAUGCCCUCUCCUUGUUUUUAUAUAUUUUAAUUUCAUUGAACCUAAGUACCUUUUUUUUACAAGAGUUGUCAAUUUUAUAUUAGAAAAAAUUUUAGGAAUUAAAAUAUCACAUGUUACUAAGGGAGUUAAUAAUUUCCCGACUUUAUAUUCUUAUAUUAGAAAAAUAUAA